CGUCUUUCAAAGCGUGCAGAUCGCGGUCGUUGUCGUCGUCGCCUACUCUUCCGAUUGAAUUAUACUUAUUUUUUGUGUGGUGUGGUAUUGUUGUGUGUGGGGUGGCGAAUUGAAAACAGAGAGCGCGACGCGAACGCGAGAGAGUAAAGAUUGAUGUUGCUCACUCUCUGCUCGGUGCAGUUAACUUCGGGGCGUGAGAGGAAAGUGAAUAAUUGCUAAUGAGUGGCAGAGCGGUGCAGACAUACACAAACAAAUAAGCGUGAGAAGAAGAUUUAGAGGAGGCAGUGCAAACGGGGGCAACCACAGCAGCAAGCGGCGACCCGAACGUCAGUGUACAAAUUGAGCGCUAAGUGUGCGGAAGGCAAAAGUGGCGAUUCGGCAAAGGAAAAUAAAACAUUCAAGUACCCGGAUUAUUGAAAAGACUUUGAGAGUGGUGGGAUAGCAGCGCAACGGCAGUAGAGGCAGAGCAGAGCAAAGAGUGAAGGGAAGUGUGGAAUUAAAGCGGGGGGUACACGAGUAAAUACAUGCAAACUGGCCGCAGCUAUUGGUGCGACAUUGGACUGUAGCAGCUACCUUCGGAGUGCGUAACGGAAAAUUACUCAAAAGCGUUUAUGCAGAGGACAGAUAGCAGCGUGGACCGUUGUGAGUCACCAGUGGAGGAUACUUCUGCUACGUCGUUUCGCAGUUUCAAGAUAGAUACCAUGGCGGAAGCUCAGCGUCUGAUUGGCAUCUCGCUGGCCAAGAUAGCCCAAUCGCGGGUCUGUCGGGGUGGGGUUUCGCUGCACAAGAACCUGCUGGUGGCGACGGUGCUCCAGAAGGCACGGUACAUCUUCAUGGAGGAAGCGUACCACAUCGUGCACGGUCACUACCUGCAGCAGAACAAGUGCAUGGAGCUGGAGAUGGAGAAGCAGCGACAUGCUGCGGCGGCCGCGGCAGCAGCUGCUGCAGCAGCCGCUUCGGUAAACAACAACGGAGACGACGAAAGCUGCAGUGAAAGUGAGGACAGUGACGAGUCGGAAUCGUACGCGUCGAGUGAAACCAACGACGAGAGCGACACGGAAGACAAGGAAAACAGCCCGCCAGCGGUGGUACAGAGUGCUAACGAAGACGGUGCAGCUGAAGUGCAAGCCGAAACGGCGCCCUCGACCCUCGAGGAAGUGAAGAAAGUGGAGAAGGAAAACAGUGGCAACAAGCGAAGGCGUGAAGCUGCCGAGUCGGAAACGGAAGAAGCGGUGCAGUCAAUCCUUCCGAAACGUCUCAAGUCCGAGUCGGACCAGGAACAAUCAUCCGCCGACGCAACCGCCCUAUCCGAGUCCGUGUCCAGCCAGCUGGAAGCUGAGGACCUGUCGCGUCAGUCGUCCGAGUCCCUUCCCCAUACGCCCUCGGUCGAAAGCAUCGAUCGGAUAACGUCACUGGUGUCGAUCUUCAGCUUUGGCAACCUGUCCCGCUCCGUUUCGACGCCCGACUUUUGCGCGGCCCAGGCCAAAGACUCCGACAACGCACUGACGCAGCUGCAGCAGCAGCACUCGCAACGAGGUUACCUAACGAUGACCGUAUAACUGCUGCUGUUGCUGAACGAGCACUACUGCAUUACGACGACGCCAAGUAUUAGCAAUUAGCGCAAACCAACUCGUACUCCUGUGAUUGCGCUGCGCGCACAGCAUUCGCACACACACGUACACCUAUUACGUACUGUAAGUGUGACGGCCGAUACGCGUCAACGCGCACAGCACAGGUGGUAGAGGUGCAGCGGCACACAAACCGGAGCACAACCCUGAGUAAAUCACGCCUGAUGGUCAUCGCGCCGUGGGAAUCACACUAGCACACACUAGCGCUUCCGGUACUGGUGCUGUCCGGAUGAGUCAACCGCAGGAAGCUUUGUGAUACGACGUUCGCUGGAAGACGCAACCGAAAGCGGACGACAGUGUGAGAUGAAUAAUUUCGACGAGGCCCUCACGUUUCCAUUGCUGGGAGUGCGUCCUCUCUUUCGCAGCGAUGCAACCGCGUUGGGAGAGCGAGCGAGAGGAUCCGCGAAAUCUGUGUGCAAAGGAAAAUCUCCUAUUAGGGUGAAAUCGCGCUGCUUGGAAUACAUUUACGGCGUGAUUUAUCCAUCGGACUGUCGCCGAGUGAAGCGCCGAGUCAAUCUCACGCGCACAUCAAGUGUAGAGGACGACUGCGUUAUUUGAAUACGAAGAGGUAGCGAAGCAUAACUAAGUCGUGACCAUCGCACGGUAGGAAGUCAGGUCAGCGCUCAAGAUAACUGUUUCGCGCGGCAGGAAGAAAGCGCACAAGAAGAAACUAGAAACACUUUAUAUGGCGCACAUACCGACACAAACACACACUCGCCUUUCUUUAAUCGCGCAGUGAGUAACUCUCGGCGUGGAUUGUAGACCAAAGGUGAAUGCAAGAGGGAAACAAGAGAAGGAGAGCGCGCGCGAACGUGCCGUGGAGUAGGAAGAAGGGGCCAUAAUCAUAACUGUUUUGUCUCGACGCGACUACCAGCUCCCGUUGAUCAGCGCUGAUAGUCUCCUACGUAAGGCGUCGUUCGGAGACGCCUAGCUCGCGUUUGUCCACCGCCUUUUGGCCGUUUCAUUGUCUGUGGCCGUAAAUCGCGACGUAACGCGCUCAUUUCUUUUGCGCCAACUUCGCGCGCUUCGGGUGCGUUGAACUCGAAGGUUUAGUAACACACCAAACGCCGUACUCGGAGAUUGAAUUUGGAUUCCAUGAGCGCGCUGCGCCGGCCAGCUGGGGCGUCCUUCACACAGACACAUAGCUCACAUUCGUCGUCGUCAUUACUAAUGACAAGUAAAUAACCCAUCGCGCGCUGGUCGACCGAGCAUGAAAGUGAAAGUUUAUAUAACUUGUAGAGCGGCGUCGAAGCCAUUGGAUGUUGCGUUUGCAAAAAAGGACACACCACCAAUAAUGAGUUCAGAAGUGGAUCUCCCCACCCCUACAGGCGAGCGUGGAGUCUGUAGCUGAAUCGCGCUCCUCAUGUUGUUGAUGUGCAACAGUUCUCACGUAAUACCCCCGAGUAAUCAUCACUGUGCUUUGUUGUGUGGUAGGGGGUGCUGCUGACCCAGGUGGACCCGUAGAGCAAGCACCAAUUAUAUCGCGGUUCGGAUUAUGUAAACAUCACAUCGCGCGCGACGACUGUACCGUUGAGACCGUGUGUAUAUGAAAAAAGGUUAGAAGAGUAUUAGCAGCAAGCGUGAGCGCAGAAAACAUCAAAAAACAUUUUAAUUUCCAACACACUUACCUAGCGCGUAGGCAUAAUUGUUAAAACUUACGGUAGAACUCUUUUUAAAUCAAUCGGUAAAACUAUACUUCUUAGUGGAAAAAAAAGAUCUGUCAGUGCAGUCUUUGAGCGGAUCAUUUUUGAACUUUGUCCUCGUCAAAUAAACUAAUCUUAGCGAGAAAGAGAGCUCGUGCGUUGAGGGUGUAGCAGGUGUCUUCAACACGGUUCUGGAAUUAUGAAACAGUACUAUUAAUAGAAAAGAGUAGAGUCGGUAAUCGUUGACGAAGGAAAACAUACUAUUACUAUAAAAUAUACUGUGCGCGAUGCGGUGCGGCACGGUUUGGUUCCGUUUUAGGAGCCAAUGUCGACGCCGUCGUGGGCGCGCAAAUUGAGAUAUCAUUUCCAACCUACAGCUGUAAACGUUAACUUAUUACAAAUAAUCAAAAUUGUACGAUAGUGUAAUGAAAUGAGUUUUAAUUUUAAUAUAUAUACGAAUUUUUCAUCACAA